AUGGAACUUACAAUGGAAAACAUUGGCAACCUACACGGCGUCUCUCACUCUCAAACGGGCGACUUAAUGAGUUCCCCUCACGGACGUCCAUCCUCGGCGUCGCAUCGGAACUUGGUGUCGCACGGACGGCCGGCUAUGGUUUCCAGCAUGGCUUCGAUCCUGGAAGGGGCCGGUGAGUACAGGACGGACCACGCGCUAUCCGGUCACCUGCACCCGGCGAUGACAAUGUCGUGCGAAUCCGGGAUGAGCCUGAGCAGCACUUACACCACGCUGACCCCUCUGCAGCACCUGCCCCCGAUCUCCACCGUCUCCGAGAAGUUCCACCACCAUCCGCAUCCGCAUCCGCACCACCACCCGGCGCACCAGCGGCUCACCACCGGCAACGUCAGCGGCAGCUUUACCCUCAUGAGGGACGACAGGAGUCUGGCUCCAAUGAGCAACCUGUACAGCCACUACCCCAAAGACAUGUCCAGCAUGGGACAGCCGCUGUCCCCGCUUUCCAACGGCCUUGGAUCUUUGCACAACACCCAGCAGACUCUUUCCGCCUACGGCCCCGGCGCCCACCUUUCCAACGACAAGAUGCUCUCCUCUGGGGGCUUCGAGUCUCACGCUGCGAUGCUGUCCCGGAGCGAGGAGCACCUCGCAAGAAGUUUAGUGGGGCACGGGCCUGGCAUGAUGUCAAACCUCAACGGCAUGCACCCGCACAGCCACCUGCACUCUCAGGCUAACGGGUCCAUGUUAACAGAGCGCGAGAGGCAGACGGUCGGGGGCGGUCAGGGCAGUGGGUCGGGGCAGGUGGAGGACAUUAACACGAAGGAGGUAGCGCAGCGGAUCACUGCCGAGCUCAAGCGCUACAGCAUCCCCCAGGCCAUCUUCGCGCAGCGGAUCUUGUGUCGGUCCCAGGGCACCCUGUCCGACCUGCUACGGAACCCCAAACCAUGGAGUAAACUCAAGUCCGGGCGCGAGACCUUUCGGAGGAUGUGGAAGUGGCUGCAAGAGCCUGAAUUCCAGCGAAUGUCCGCACUUAGGCUGGCGGCCUGCAAGCGCAAGGAACAGGAGCAGCAGAAGGACCGGAACAUGGCGCCGAAGAAGCAGCGGCUGGUCUUCACCGACCUGCAGCGCCGCACCCUCAUCGCCAUCUUCAAGGAGAACAAGCGCCCGUCCAAGGAGAUGCAGAUCACCAUCUCCCAGCAGCUGGGGCUGGAGCUCAGCACCGUCAGCAACUUCUUCAUGAACGCCCGGCGCCGCUGCGUGGACCGCUGGCACAACGAGCACGGAGCCAGCCCCGGGCAGCCCGGCACCUCCGCCACCACCUUCUCCAAAGCCUGA